AUGCAGUUGGUCCAGGCAGUUUUUCACGAGAAAUGCGAAAAGGAGGCCGCCGAUGAUCGCGCUAGGUGGCGCCCUCUGCGUGACGCAUGCGUCCUCACUGCCAGGUUCCCUGUCGACGAGGGCUGGAAAGCUGCCUCGAGGAAAAUCCGCUGCAUCGACGAUUUCACGGCGUCGCAUAUAAAUGCAGCUGUUUCCGUGGGGGAAGCAGUCCAGCACGACGGUCUAGGUCAAUUCGUAGCUGUCCUUAGCAAGACGAUCCUCGCAAGCGCUGGCGGAGCCGCGCUUCGCAAGGAGGAUUUCGUGAAUGCUUUCAAAACGCUCCCACUGGCGAGCUCGCAAUUGCAGUUUGCUGUUGUCACCUGGGCUGCAGCCGAGUCCCGUGGCCAAGGGCUUCAGCUUUUGGCGUGCCCUUUUGGCGCAGCCGCCUCUGUCUACAACUGGGAAAGGUUUGGCGCGGCUGUCCGCGCCAUUCUGGCCAGGUUGUUUCACGUUGUGUUUCUUCGCUUCGUGGACGACCUUUUUGGGGCCGACCCGGUUUGGGCGGGGGCGCCGCGCUUGAGCACGCCAGCAGGCGCCAGCGACGUGGCGUGCGAGGUGGUCGCAGGCCUGCUCGGGUGGGAGCUGGGCGCUUCCAAGCGGGUGUCGAAUGCCACCUCUGCGCAAAUUUUGGGAGUAGAUUGCGAGAUUGUUCAGGGCUGCUCCGCGGUGCGCAUGUCGAUUGGCCCCGAAAAGCUCGCGCGGUGGAGUGCGCAAAUUCGCGCCAUCCUGGGCCAUGGCGCGAUGUCCCCAGCUGAAGCCAAGAAAUUGGCCGGCCGACUCAGCUGGGGGUCGUCAGCAGUGUUUGGUCGCGCGGCCAGAGUGCACCUGGCUCCACUUUUCAAGCACGCGUCGGAGCGCGGCUCCAAACUUUCUGGUCGUGUUACUCGCGCGCUGCAGUGGUGGCUUCGCUUCCUUGAAUGCGUUCCGCCCCGCACUGUGCUUUGCGCGAGGCCAGCAGCUCGCGUCCGCUGCAUUGUGUAUUCGGACGCCACGGGAAGUGGCAAUGCGGCGUGGGCCCUUUGCUUCCCCGGCGCGCGUCUGUGGUCGGCUGCCACUGUGCCCGAACCAGCGCGGAACUGGGUGCACCACCGCAGGAAUCAGGUAGCCACGUGGGAACUGUUCGCUGCAAUUUGCGCGAUCAAUUUCCUUCUCAGCCAUUUGGGCGAGCUCGAGGUGUUGCUUUUUGUGGACAACACUGUGGCCCUCGGCACUUUGAUCCGAGGGUCGUCCAGGCAGUCUGUUUGGAACGAUCUGAUAGGCGACCUGUGGCUUCGAAUCGCCCGCGCUGGCGUGCUUCUCUAUAGUUUUUUCGUCCCCAGCCACCUUAACGUGGCAGACGCGCCCACCAGGCCGGAAGGCAAGGCCGCAGCGCUGGAAGCGAUGCGCGCCGCAGGUUUCCGCCAUCGAGCCGCUGCUGUUUCCAGGGCCGACAUCGACGCGGCGUCGCUGUGCAGCAAGCUUCAGGAGGCAGGCGUUUCGAACAGUGAUGAUUUCCGUGGCAUUACUGUGGAGGAAGCGGUGCUUAUUUGGGCACCUUUGGCCACCGUGUUCGAGACGUUCGUUCGUGCGCUGAUUGCUGAGGCGCAGGCCCACGUUCACCGCCUCCAGCGCCGGAGACCAGAGCGACAGCUGAGGCAGCGCUUCGGUCAUAAGCCACGCACAGAGCUUUUGCAGGCCAACUUGGCGCCAACGGCGCUCGCUGAGCAGGCAGUUUGGCUGGAAUUCUGUGGUUGGGAAACCAGUGCUCCUGGCUACGCGUCCGCGAUUCGCCUCUACGGGCAGGCGCAGAAAAAGCAGGGCGAGCUCAACAGAGACUGCGGGCAUUUCUGCUUGCGCUACGGCGAGGUUCUCCAGAUCGGGAACGAGCGUGCCCCGGACCGGCCUGCGCACCUGAUGGACCUCUACUGGCGGGGCUCCGUCUCGCCGGAGGCCAGCCAGGCCGUGACCCUGCUGAGCAUCCUCGCGGACGACGUGAACGCCGGCCACGGCUCUGGCUUCGUGGGCUGCCCCGUCGUCGAGAGGGUCAACGGCGAGUCGGUGAUGGAUAUGGAAGACCUCUCGUUUCACCUCAACCGUGCUUUGCGGGAGGAUGAGUUCGUGGAGAUCCAGUUCAGGAUGUCCAUCGGGCCCUACAUAGCGGUCCUCAAGUGCGCCGACAUUCCAGAGGCCAACAUGCGUAUUCAGGACCUGUACAAGCUGCCCUACCUGGCCAAUCCCCCCCACCUCGCCGUGGAGCUGGAGCCCGCCACCGAGCUCAUGGGGCACCGCGCCAUGGCCUCGGGCGGCGCGGCGGCGGCGGGUCCUGCCGUGGAGGCCACGGCGCUGCGGGAGGCCAUCGGGAAGCUCCUGCCGUCCAAGGACCGCGGCCGCGCCCUGGGGCUCGACGGUGGGAGCACCGCAGGACGGCCCAGUGCGUCUCCGUCCGUGGGCGGGGGCGGCAACGGGGAGCGGAUGUCGGCGACGCGCAAGGGGAAGGUGCUGGAGGUGAAGCCAGGUCGUUGGGGGGAGGUCGCAGGGCCUGGUGGGGCGGUCAGCCUUUCGCUGGAGCGCCUGGGCUGGAGGUUCAGAGCGUGGAACUGCCGGGAGGACGAGCGCGGGCACAUCUUGGACCUGCAGAUCCUCAGUCCGCGCAUGGUCGCCAGCCUGGUGGAGGCGGGGGCGUACAGAUACCUCAUGAGGCAGGCGGCCAAGCACGACGGCUCCGAGCAGCUCGACGGGCAGGCGCCAGACCUGGAACCCUUCCGCGCGGCGCUGGCGAACCUCCGCCGCGACCUCAAGCGCGAGGAGGACCUGAACGUCACGUCGAUCAAGGCGCUGCGCGAGGAGCUGGAGGAGGUCCUCGGCCUCGGCCCCGGCGGGCUCGACGGUCAGCGGGAUUUGGUGCGGGAGCUGCUGCAGGAGGAGAUCCAGCUGCAGCUGGAGAGGCCUCCGAAGAGGCCCGCGCUGAGCCUGGACACGCCCCUCCUGGAGCUGGCCGGCGCGGACCUGGGCGACACCUCCUCGGACAGCGAGUCCGAAGGCAAGGAGAAGAAGCUCAGGAAAGCUGCCAAGCGGGCUCGCUUGGCGAGAUCGGCGCCUACUCCGCUGCGACGCCGCGACGCAAAAGAGGGAGGGUCGGUUCCUAAGAAGAGGAGGGGCGCCGCCGAGGGCAGGGCGGGCAAGGGCGCCUCCGACGGCAAGGCGGCGCGCUUCAAGAGCAAGGUGGAGAAGGCCGUGCGGCACUACGUCGCCGAGCACGCGGAGACCUGGACCGCCAGCGAGAUGCGCGAGGACAUCUCCGUCCUGCACGGGUGGGAGAACGAUUCCAGGUUCGCCAGCGUGGUCAAGGCCGCGCUGUAUGACAUUGGAUACACGAACUCCGGCGCGAACGUGCUCAAGGGGAACAAAUAG